UAAAGGGACAAAGAGCCGCUGCCUCCACAACUCAUCCUCUGCUGCAGGUUGGAGACCCCUCAAAGUCCUGGAGGAAAAGUCUUCAGUCACUAUCGUCCAUCAUUUCCUCGUUCAUCAUCAUGCUUCGCCCAGUCUCCAUCGUUCCUCUGUGGUCCACCUUGCUGUGCAUGUGGGUGCUGUGCGAGGCCCAGUCAGACUCUGGCAGACCUGUAAUUCAGCUGCGCCUCGUGGGGGAGAAGCGGAAACACUACGAGGGCAGAGUAGAAGUUCUCUACAACGGGGAGUGGGGCACAGUGUGUGACGACGACUUCUCCAUUUCCGCUGCCCAUGUCGUGUGCAGAGAGCUGGGCUUUGUUGAUGCUGAGUCCUGGUCACCCUCAGCCAAGUAUGGAAGAGGGGAAGGUCGUAUCUGGCUGGACAACGUUCACUGCUCUGGCUCGGAGAAGAGUCUGGCUCACUGCAGUUCCAACGGCUUCGGAGUGUCUGACUGCAAACACUCCGAGGACGUCGGGGUGGUGUGCUCCCAGAAACGCAUACCGGGAUUCAAGUUCAUCCGGAGCCAGGCCAACAGCGACCAGGGCGUCCCGGUGCAGGUGGAGGACGUGAGGAUCAGAGCCACGUACUCCCAAAGGAAGAGGAUCCCCAUCACCGAGGGCUUCCUGGAGGUGAAAGACGGCGGCAAGUGGAGACAGAUCUGCAGCGUGGACUGGACAGAGAUGAACAGCAGGGUCAUCUGUGGCAUGUACGGCUUCCCCGGGGAGAAACGCUUCAACACUCGACCCUACAAACUGCUCGCCAAGCGCCGCAAGAAGAACUUCUGGGGUUUCUCCGUCAACUGCACCGGCAACGAGGCCAACCUGUCUGAGUGCAAGGUGGGCCAGGAGAUCGAGCUGAAGGGCAACGACACCUGCGGACAGGGCAUGCCCGUGGUGGUCAGCUGUGUGCCGGGGCGGGCCUUCGCCCCCAGCGUCAGCAUGGGCUUCAGGAAGGCCUACAGGGUGGAGCAACCUCUGGUGCGUCUCCGAGGAGGAGCCAUGAUCGGCGAGGGGCGGGUGGAGGUGCUGAAGAACGGGGAGUGGGGAACCGUUUGCGACGACAACUGGGACAUGCGGGCCGCGACCGUGGUGUGUCGAGAGCUGGGCUUCGGCAGCGCCAAGGAGGCCUUGACUGGCGCACGGAUGGGACAAGGGAUCGGGCCGGUCCAGAUGAACGAGGUGGACUGCUCCGGGUUUGAGAAGUCCCUCACCGAGUGCCGCUUCAACCGCGAGGCUCUGGGCUGCAGCCACGAGGAGGACGCCGCCGUCAGGUGCAACGUUCCUGCCAUGGGAUUCAACAAGAGACUGCGGUUAGCUGGUGGCCGCAACCCCUAUGAGGGCCGGGUGGAGGUCCUGACUGAGAGGAACGGCUCCCUGGUGUGGGGCACGGUGUGCAGCGACAGCUGGGGGACCAUGGAGGCCAUGGUGGUCUGCAGACAGCUGGGCCUGGGCUUUGCCAGCCAUGCUUUCCAGGAGACGUACUACUGGCAGGGGGAUUCCUCAGCCGACGCCAUAGUGAUGAGCGGCGUGAGAUGUUCAGGGACCGAGCUGACUCUGGAUCAGUGUCUGCAUCACGGGAAACACAUCCUCUGUCCGAAAGGCGGCGGCCGCUUCUCCGCUGGGGUCUCCUGUACUCAAACGGCCCCGGACUUGGUGCUGAGCUCUCAGGUUGUGGAGCAGACCACCUACCUGGAGGACAGGCCCAUGUACGCCCUGCAGUGCGCCCACGAGGAGCACUGUCUGGCCAGCAGCGCCAACCAAGCCGACCCGACCUCCUACCGCCGCCUGCUCCGCUUCUCCUCCCAGAUCCACAACAACGGCCAGUCGGACUUCAGGCCGCGGGCGGCGCAUCACUCCUGGGUCUGGCACGAAUGUCACCGGCAUUACCACAGUAUGGAAGUUUUCACCCACUAUGACUUGCUGAGUCUGAACGGUACUAAAGUGGCAGAAGGACACAAAGCCAGCUUCUGUCUGGAGGACACGCAUUGUGACGAAGGUAUCCAGAAGAGGUACGAAUGUGCAAACUUCGGAGCGCAGGGCAUCACGGUCGGCUGCUGGGACACCUACAGGCACGACAUCGACUGCCAGUGGGUCGACAUCACGGAUGUGAAGCCUGGCGAUUACAUCUUCCAGGUCGUCAUAAACCCAAACUAUGAGGUGGCGGAAUCCGACUACACAAACAACAUCAUGAAGUGCCGCGCUCGCUAUGACGGACACCGGAUAUGGAUGUACAACUGCCACAUAGGGGGCACAACGAGCUCGGAAACAGAAGAAACCUUCCCCGGCCUGCUGAACAACCAGCUCUCACACAGGUAGACCUGAGCUCCACGGCGCAGGAAGCUGAUAUCAAGACAACCACUAGAGGGGGCUGUACGGUGUUGCUUCCUUGGAGCAGUGCUGAAGGUCCAGCUCCAGGCUCAGCUGGUACGACACGACUUAAUGGAAAGAAAAAGGAGAAGGAAGAAAAAAAAACCCCAAAACAACUGCU